ACUUCUGAAAGAUAACACUUUAUCGGUGCUCCAUGGUCUGGUCUGGACUGCUUGAGGAAUGUCAUGUGACAACAUUUCCCAUGAUUCCUUGAUCUGUACCAGGAAAAACAAAACGGCAGCAUGCGAAGGGUGAGCCGCCAGGCGUGUGAGGACGGGCCGCUGCUGGACUCCCAGGAGACGGAGGGCCAGAGGCAGCUCCACAGUCUCCUGGUCCAGCAGCUCCACACGGACGUAGACAUCGAUCGCCUGGUGGCCAAGCGGCGCUGCUUUGCCCCGGCCGCCCUCUAUCGGCCCUUCGGGGAGCAGGCCAGCGGAGUGAGGAGCCUGUCCCAGUUCCAGGCCCUGCAGCACGGGGACCAGGAGCUGGCCAGCCUGCGAGAGCUGGGCCUCACCGACCCAGAGAUCCAUCUGUGGCUGAGCCGAGACGCCCCUGAGCUGACCGAGAAGAGCCACGGCGUGUGCGCGGCCCCUAGCGCCCGGCAGCAGCGCCUGCAGGUCAUCAGGGACAAGAUGGCGGCCCGGUCGGAGCUGCUGUCCCGUCCGCAGCGCUUCACCAACAGCCGGGCGCUCUCCCGGCGCGAGAUGGAGAUCGAGCAGGCGCUGUUCCACGGCAACGACCGCAUGGGCUUCCUCUCCGCGCUCUACCACCGCAAUCAGGAGAGUGAGGAGAGCCAGCAGGGGGCGCAGUCCACCUCCGACCCCAUGGACUCCGUCUACAGAGACGUCUUCAUCGAGGAGGGACGACCCGUCUCCCCCACGGGCCGGCAGGAGAACUCUCCCUAUCUAACCCCGGCCGACCAAUCACAGCGUUCCCUGACGAAGACCGACCAAUCGCAGAGCUCCGAACUGUCCCGACCGACAAGGGGCCCGUCCGCCCCGUCGGAGCCCGGUCGAAACACAGCGAGCCGGGGCCCGACGCGAACGCACCACAAACCGCCGUCGGUUCCUCCGACGGAGCUGGAUAUCAGUCGGCCAAUCGGCAGCCUCUGUGCGGCGGGGCCCGGUGGCGUGCUGACGGUGCGAGGGGACAUCGAGGUCAUCUCGGAGGAGGACAUACGGGGGAACCGCGAGGCCGAGGAGGGGAUACGCUCCAUCCCCCGGUUCCAGAGCUACCGGCCUGGGGAACCCUCCGAGCUGGUCUCUCCCACGCUGGUCUCUCCCACGAUGGGCUCUCACGCUGGGCUCUCCCACGCUGGUGUCUCCCCAGGUGCUGUGUGUGAAGAACCUCAGUGCGCAGGCGUCUGUGGCCCAGCUGGUGGCGCUGUUCUCCCGGUUCGAGGCGGAGGGCGGGCCAGCGCUGCGCUACCGCCUGCUGACGGGUCGCAUGAAGGGACAGGCCUUCAUCACGCUGCCAGACACCGAAACGUCCCAGAAAGCUUUGGAGUUGAUCCACGGUUACAGGUUGCUAGGCAAGCCCCUGGUGAUUGAGUUUGGACGUGAACGGCGAGAGGAGGCGGGGCUACAGAAAGGAAGUACAACAUGACUUCCUGUUUAACAGAAAUGGACACUUAAAUUCAAGACAAACAACAUUUUUCGCGUUUAAUCUCUGUGCAUAACUGGGAAACCAGGCUGGUUGAACUGUGUUGGAUUGUACCAGAAACAAUCCAAGAGACAUCACCUCAUGUUGUGACAAUGUAUAAACUCUGUUUAAUAACUGCAGUUAUUAAACAUUAUUAUGAACUCCUGAAGCUCCAGGCUGUUGACUUGACUGUUGGUUGAUCUGUAGGAGAAAAUAAAGUUGUCGUUCUUCAUUCACAUUCACUAUUUGAAUGAAUGUGAGUGGCCUACAAAAAUUGCCCCGUUGUCAGUUGCCAACAUUUCCAGGACAAUUAAAUAACAAACAUGCCCAAUAUUGAAGGCAAAGUUAAAGUCAGAAUUGUAACUAUCUAGUUCAAGUUGUAGCUUUUUUAAUAGCCUCGACUAAUCAUUCUGUGAAUGUUUGUUUUAAUAAUCGAUCUGAAUUAAAUUAA